AUGGCAGGUUACCCACCGGGGUACGGCUAUGGAGCGCCCCAGCCCCAGCCAUACGGGUCGGCCUCCUACGGUGCGCCACCAACACAACCAUACGCCCCGGCCGCUCCUUACGGUGGGGCGCCAACCGAGAAGCCUCCCAAGGACAAGAACAAUGCGAUGGCAGCGGGAGGAGGAUACCCACCGGCAGUGGCGCCACCACCACCAUAUGCUAACCCGUUUACCGCUCUGAUGCCAUCGGCUUUCCCACAUGGGAUGGACCCAACCCUGGUGGCAUGCUUCCAGGCCGCUGACAACGACGGUAGUGGAUUCAUAGACGAUAAGGAGCUGCAGAGAGCACUCUCUACGUACAGCCAGAGCUUUAGCAUCAGAACCGUUCUUCUCCUCAUGUACUUCUUCCCCGGCACCAACACCUACAAGAUUGGGCCAAAGGAGUUCACUACAGUGUUUUAUAGCCUUCAGAACUGGAGGGCAACCUUCCAAAGGUUCGGCAGAGAUCAAAGCGGGAAGAUUGACUCCUCAGAGCUGCGAGAGGCGCUUCUCAGCCUUGGGUUUGCUGUUUCUUCGACGGUCUUGGAUUUGCUCGUCGCUAAGUUUGAUAGGAAAGGCGGUAAAAUGAAGGCGAUUGAAUACGACAAUUUCAUUGAGUGCUGCCUAACAGUUAAGGUACAGAUUAUUUUGUUGCCUUUCCUUAUUGCAUGA